AUGGAAGUGGAGAACCAGACAUGGGUCACCAAGUUCAUUCUGGUGGGGUUCCCCGGCAACUGGGGCAUGCGUGCAGCAGUGUUCCUGAUGUUCCUUGUGGCCUAUAUUUUGACAGUGGCUGAAAACAUGAUCAUCAUCCUGUUGGUACAGCAGAACCGGCCACUGCACAAGCCUAUGUACUUUUUGGCCAACCUGUCCUUCUUAGAGACCUGUUACAUCUCUGUGACUGUACCCAAGUUGCUGUUUGGUUUUUGGUCUGUGAGCAACAGCAUCUCCUUCACUCACUGUAUGAUACAACUUUACUUUUUCAUCGCGCUCAUGUGUACAGAAUGUGUGCUUCUGGCAGCCAUGGCCUAUGACCGGUAUGUGGCCAUCUGCCGCCCACUGCACUACCCCACCAUCAUGAGCCACAGGCUCUGCUUACACCUGACUCUUGCUUCCUGGGCCAUUGGCUUUGGCAUCUCCUUGGCUAAGAUCUACUUCAUCUCUCACCUCAGCUUCUGUGGCCCCAAUGUCAUCAAUCACUUCUUCUGUGACAUCUCUCCAGUACUUAACCUUUCCUGUGCAGACAUGUCCAUAGCUGAGUUGGUGGACUUUGUCCUGGCACUGGUCAUCUUACUCCUCCCCCUCUCUAUUACUGUCCUGUCUUAUGUACAUAUUCUGGCCACUGUUCUACACAUGCCCACAGGAAAGCAGAAAGCCUUCUCUACUUGUACCUCCCACCUCGUGGUGGUCACCAUCUUCUACUCAGCCACUAUUUUCAUGUAUGCCCGGCCUCGAGUUAUCCAUGCCUUCAACUUGAACAAAGUUAUUUCCAUCUUCUAUGCCAUUGUCACCCCUGCUCUCAACCCUUUCAUUUAUUGCCUAAGGAACCGAGAAGUCAAGGAGGCUCUGAAGAAACUGAUCUAUUGCAAGGCCAUCGGAUCUGACUAG